AUGGAACAUAAAGCCAUGGAGCCAUGGGUUGACGACAUAGUCGAUGAUUUACAAAGCAUGAGCUUCAACUCCACCACCACUACCACAGCCACUGACAUCCAUCGCUCCACCAGUUCUGGCUCUGAAACCACCACUUGGACCUUCUCCUCCUCAGCCCAUCACUUCUCCCCUCACUCCUCCACCACUCCGUCCGGCGACCCCUGCUGGGAUACCAUCCGCCGCUUCCACUGCCUCUCCCUCUCCGAUCUUCGCUUCCUCCACCGUCUCGGCUCCGGAGAUAUCGGAUCCGUCUACUUAGCCAAACUCAAGUCACCUUCACCGUCUCCAUCCUCAGAGGAGCCGCCUAAAUCCUCCUUCCCCGCGGUUCUCUUCGCGGCUAAGGUUAUGGACAAGAAGGAACUCGCGAGCCGUAAUAAAGAAGGUAGAGCAAGGACAGAAAAGGAAAUCCUUGAAAUGCUCGAACAUCCAUUUUUACCCACGCUUUACGCUUCCAUUGACUCUCCCAAGUGGUCGUGUCUCUUGACGGAGUUUUGCCCCGGCGGCGACCUCCACGUCCUCCGCCAAACUCAGCCGUGUAAACGCUUCCCGGAAUCCUCCGUCAGAUUUUACGCAUCCGAGAUUGUGGUUGCUUUGGAGUACCUCCACAUGAUGGGAAUCGUAUAUCGGGAUCUGAAGCCUGAAAAUGUAUUAGUUCGAACAGAUGGUCAUAUAAUGUUGACUGAUUUUGAUCUCUCUUUAAAAUGUGAUGCCUCGACGUCUACGCCAGUGCAACUAAUUUCUACUCAAGAUCAGUCUAAUGUAUUGCCACCAACCGAGUAUAGAAUUGACCCACCAUCAUUUGGCUCAACUUCUUGCAUUCUUCCCAACUGUAUCGUCCCUACAGUAUCGUGCUUCCAUUCCAAGCGCAAGCGUAAAAAGAAGCAAGGCCACCACGUAGGUCCAGAAUUUGUAGCCGAGCCGAUUGAUGUUCGAUCUAUGUCAUUUGUUGGGACCCACGAGUACUUGGCUCCGGAGAUAGUAUCUGGGGAAGGCCAUGGAAGUGCAGUGGACUGGUGGACCUUAGGGAUAUUCAUUUUUGAGUUAUUUUAUGGUGUGACACCAUUUCGAGCUAUGGACCAUGAGCAAACCCUAGCAAACAUCAUUGCUCGAGCCCUUGAGUUCCCAAAAGAGCCCGUUAUACCUGCUGUAGCAAAGGACCUAAUAUCCCAGUUGCUUGUGAAAGAACCAGAGUACCGAAUGGGAUCGAAAAUGGGCGCAUCAGCCAUUAGACGCCAUCCAUUCUUUCAAGGGGUGAAUUGGGCACUUUUGAGAUGUAUGGCUCCACCUUUCGUCCCUCCAUCUUUGAAUGGAGAUUAUCUAUCGGAUGAAAGUUGCCCCGAAACUAUUGUGGACUAUUACUAG